GCGUGUUGGGAGAAACACCCAGAGAGGACAAACAAAAGCACAACCGAGGGUGCUUGCAACCAUGAGCGGCUCGCACUAUUUGCCAGAGCUGCGGCUGCCGCUGCCGCUCUGCCCGCGGACCAUGUCGUGAGGUGUGGCUCGGAAACGCUCCGGGAAACCUGUCAGCCGAAACGACUCGCCGAGGAGGAGUAGGAGUAGGAGGAGGAGGGGUGGUGGUGGAAAAGAUGUCCGCCUCGGUGGGGCCCCAGGGUGGCCCUCGCCCACCCACCACGACGCCAUCCAUGCCGGAUCUGCCGGACCUCAGCCAUCUCACCGAGGAGGAGAGGAAGAUCAUCAUGGCAGUGAUGGCUCGGCAAAAGGAGGAAGAGGAUAAAGAAGAAGCCAUGCUAAAAACGCUGCACCAGCAGUUUGAGAGCUACAAACAGGAGGUGCGUCGCAUCGGGGCGGAUACGCAGCGCCAGCAGACCCAGCUGAAGGAUGACGCGCCCACCUGCGGUAUCUGCCGCAAGACCAAGUUCGCCGACGGCUGCGGCCACCUCUGCUCCUACUGCCAGACCAAAUUCUGCGCUCGCUGUGGAGGGCGGGUCUCUCUGCGCUCCAACAAUGAGGACAAAGUGUGUCUCAUAGUGAAGGACAGGGUAAUGUGGGUAUGCAACCUGUGCCGUAAACAGCAGGAGAUUCUCACCAAAUCAGGAGAAUGGUUUUCGGGGUCAGGGGUGCGGCCUGGGAGCCUGGGCACCUCCUUGGACAACCCAACCACUGGAGGUGAGGCCCAACGGGACAGGAAGCUACUCCGCUCCAGGUCCCAAGCCCCGCCCUCCAGCACCAUACAAAACGCAGGUCCGCCGGACGGGACGCAGACACCCACUAGUGUCACUGCUGCAAAGGGUGCUGACACCAUGCCCGGCUCCCGCUCCCAAAGUGAACCACCUAGAGAAAAGAAAAGGCCAGUGUCCCUCCAUGAACAAAAUGGUAAAGGAGGCAUGGGGCGUGGUAGUGGCCGGAGACCUGCUGGGAAGUUGCCAUCUCAGUCAUCCCUGGAUGAGCGAGUGGUUCCUGGGGAAAGAGGAGAGAGACGCUUAGGAGAUGGACGGAGACUGGAAAAGAUCCAUUCUCAGGACUACGAGGACGGAGAUGGGAACCUGGGUCGUGCAGAAACACACCGGAGACACCCAGAGGAUGAGGAGCAGAGGGAGCGCCAGCGCCGCGAGGAGGAGUUCCAGAAUCGUUACCGUAGUGAUCCAAACCUGGCACGAUACCCAGUGAAACCACAGAAAGAGGAGCAGGAGAUGCGCAUGCAUGCUAAGGUGUCCAAGGUCCGCCAUGAACGACGACACAGUGAUCUAGCGAUCAACGAAGUUGGACUGGGACCUGGGGAAGGAAGAGGUGGUGGAAGAGGGGAGGUGCCUGAAAACCGUCUGGUCAGGAGGGGUGGGGGUGGGGAGGGAGACAACAAGACUCUCUUGGAGAACCACCGAGCCUACUCUGUGGAUAGGACCGUGGGGGUUGGAGGGGGAGCUCCACCAGCAGGAGGUGGCGUGAGAUCAGGACCCCAACAUGGGGGACCGGUGCCUCCAGAUUGGGGCUCGAACAAAGGCUGCCUAGAGCCCGGUACAACACGGACACCAAGGGACAAGGGUGGGGAUAACCUGCUGAGGAAGGACUCUCAGAGUUCGGACCAGUCGGAGACUUUGCGGCCGCCCCCUCCACGGUCAUACAAGAGCAAGCGCGGAGUCAACAAGAGGCAGAUGUCCAUCAGCAGCUCAGAGGAGGAAGGCGGCUCCACGCCCGAGUACACCAGCUGUGAGGACGUGGACAUGGAAAGCGUCAGCGAGAAAGGUGACUGGGACUGUCAUUCUCUAGAUCCUACAGUUUGGCAUCAUCCAGUUACAUGGCAACCAUCCAAAGAGGGUGACCACCUAAUCGGACGCAUCACGCUAAGCAAGAGAUCGGCAAUGCCCCGCGAGGCUGGCUCGCUCCUCGGCCUUAAAGUUGUAGGAGGGAAGAUGACAGAAAUGGGAAGACUUGGGGCCUUCAUCACCAAAGUCAAGAAAGGCAGCCUUGCAGAUGUUGUGGGACACCUACGAGCAGGUGACGAGGUGCUGCAGUGGAAUGGGAAGUCGUUGCCAGGAGCAACAAAGAAAGAAGUGUACAACAUUAUCCUUGAAUCCAAGGCUGAACCUCAAGUGGAAAUAGUUGUUUCAAGACCUAUUGGAGACAUCCCAAGAAUCCCAGAGUCAUCCCACCCUCCUCUAGAAUCUACAGGCUCCAGUUCCUUUGAGUCGGCAAAGAUGGAGCGACCCUCUAUAUCAGUGAUGUCCCCUACCAGCCCCGGGACCCUCCGAGACCUUCCUGUGGUACUGCCUGGACAGCUCUCUGUGAAGCUGUGGUAUGACAAAGUGGGCCAUCAAUUGAUCGUCAACGUCCUUCAAGCCAUAGACCUGCCAACCCGACCUGACGGACGACCUCGGAACCCCUAUGUCAAGAUGUACUUCCUGCCUGACAGGAGUGAUAAGAGUAAACGGCGGACUAAAACAGUUAAGAAGAGCGCUGAGCCCAAGUGGAACCAGACCUUCAUAUAUUCCCACGUGCACCGGCGGGACUUCAGAGAACGCAUGUUAGAGAUCACAGUCUGGGACCAGCCCAGAGUCCAGGAGGAGGAGAGUGACUUUUUGGGAGAGAUCCUGAUAGAGUUGGAGACAGCCCUGCUAGACGACAUUCCUCAUUGGUAUAAACUCCAAACACAUGACAUGUCCUCUAUACCUCUGCCCCAGCCUUCCCCGUACCUCCCACGCAGACACGUCCAUGGAGACAGCCCCAGCAAGAAACUACAGAGGUCUCAUCGCAUCAUUGAUACAGAGUUUGAUGAUGGUUUGUUGGUAAUGACUAAAGGUGCAGAGCGUAACUCCAGGGAGAGAGAGCGGGGCAGUACUUUGGCUGUGCCUGAGCAGCAGCGGCCUGUCCAGCACCGCUCCCGCUCAGUAUCUCCUCACAGAGAGGACUCCUGCAGGGCUCGGUCACGGCCCGCACACGUGCCAAUGCAAAGGAGUCUGGAUGAGAUCCACCAGAACCGCCACCACUCCCACUCCCCCUCCCGCUACCACGACUCCCACUUAGAGCACCAACGCUCCGGGGACUCGGACUACGAGUACUCAGAGGACAGUGAGGUCCUGGAGAUGCACAAGUCUAUCCGGGGCGGGAGUGCCGAGUGCCUGCACACAAACAGCUCCACUCUCCCUGCAUGCCUAAAGAGCAAGCCACUCCACAGGCAGGAAGGGGGCAGCACCAUGCCUCGUAGCAUCCUUACACACCGUGUGCUCAGAUUCACUGAUGAGGUCACGGUUAGCGACCUGCAGCCGCCGUUGGACAGAGUGAGGAGUGCCAGCACUACAUGUCUCAGACCAGACACCAACUUUCACUCCCCUGACAGAGACAGGUGCUCCAACUCUUUGCCCCGCAAGACUCCCCCAAUCCCCAGGAUCUUAGUAGAACAUGUGGCCCCUGAGGAAGACAGGCAGUGUAGCAGUUCAUCAAGUCCAAACUGUCACAGGGGCAGUAAAAAAAGCCUGGAGGGGGACAGUCGUAUCCAGCCCACCUCUAUCCUGAGGGGCAGUAGGGGGAGAGGGGGCCCUCUGAGGCCCUUUGGCCAGACAGCCUUGUCUGGGUCCUGCCCAAACUCGCCACGGCUAGACAGAGCACACCCUCAUGGCCCCUCUUCUCCAACGGGCACUCACUCAUCAGGUCGCAGGGGCCGUCAGUUGCCUCAGCUCCCUGCAAAAAGCAGCACCAUAGAGCAAGCCCUUGCAGUAGAGGAGCGAGCCCGACAGCUGCAGAUGAAAGUACAUUCCUACCGGCCUUCAGCCUCCCACGACCCUGAGACGGACCUUAAGACCAAACGGGAGAUGUACGCAGAGCAGAGGCGUAGCAGCGACCAAAUGUCGGCCAGGUCGUCAGACAGUGAUAUGAGCGAUGCGUCGGCUCUCUCCCGCGCCAGCAGUGCCUCCCGCCUCAGUAGCACCAGCUACAUGUCUAUCCAAUCAGAGAGACCCGGGGGACGACUCAGUCGGCAGAUGCGAUCGGUGGGCCGCAGCAUGCUGAAGAGCUCGAGUGUGAGCGGAGAGAUCUACACCCAGGAGCGCACCGACGGCAGCCAAUCAGACACAGCACUGGGCACGGUGGGCGGCGGCAGCAAGAAGAGACGCUCCAGCCUCAGCGCGCGGGUGGUGGCCAUUGUUGGCAACCGCCGGAGCCGCAGCACUUCACAAAUCAGUGGCCCUGAGGGGAAGAGUAAGAAGGAGAAGGGUGCACCUAUCCAGAGGAGCACAGAGACCGGCAUGGCAGUAGAGCUGACCAGGAACAUGAGCCGCCAGCCCAGCAGAGAGUCCAACAACGGCAGCAUGAACAGCUGCAACUCUGAGGGGAAUUUGAUCUUCUCUGGAGUCAAUCUGGGUGCCAGCAGUCAGUUCAGUGAUUUCCUGGAUGGCCUGGGACCGGCUCAGUUAGUGGGGAGGCAAACACUGGCUACGCCUGCAAUAGGUGACAUCCAGAUUGGUAUGAUGGAUAAGAAGGGUCAGCUGGAGGUGGAAGUUAUCAGAGCUCGAGGACUCGUACAAAAGCCAGGAUCCAAAUCCCUCCCUGCUCCAUAUGUCAAGGUCUAUCUGCUGAAUAAUGGAGCGUACGUAGCCAAAAAGAAAACCAAGAUUGCACGGAAAACACUUGACCCGCUGUACCAGCAAGCACUGCUAUUCGAGGAAAGCCCACAGGGUAAAGUCUUACAGGUGAUUGUAUGGGGGGACUACGGACGCAUGGACCAUAAAAGCUUCAUGGGAGUUGCACAAAUCCUAAUGGAGGAACUGGACUUAACAAGCACAGUCAUUGGCUGGUACAAGUUGUUCCCACCGUCGUCCUUGGUGGAUCCCACACUUGCCUCCCUGACGCGGCGGGCUUCCCAGUCGUCGCUCGAUAGCUCCUCCGGACCUCCUGGGGUCCGAUCCUAGUGGACCAACAGCUCUAAACUCAUGAAACGUACUGUAGAGAGAAACAAAAAAAAGAUGGCGGAAUCGUAGAACAACAACAAUCAGAAACAGUCACAACGAGAAAGCUUUGUUGAGAUCUGACAAUCACUCCUGUCGCGGUUCAUUUUGUCUGUUGUAGGGAGCGCCACAUUUCAGUGUUUCAUAUCCAUUCAAAAAAUCUCUUUUGUUUUUCUCUGUGUAUGCUGGAGAAGCAGGGCUGUCGACAUGCAACAAGAGACGAAAAAGUGUCAGAAUCAAAUGAAGCAGGGUGAUUUUUAACUGAAUCAACAAUAGCAAAGAAAUGUACGUAAGCAUUGGAAUGUAUGGACUCGAGACAGAGGUAAUCACCCUCCACACCUGCAGGGGGCGCAGUCCUCUCUGCAGUGGCCUCCUCCAGAACCCCAACAGACUGCUGGCACUCCUGCCCCCACCCGCGUGGGUGCUCAGUCUGGAAGCACAGGGCCUUCUUCUGGUGCCUAGACCUCGGAGCCGCAUCACUGGUCCCUCUCUCUGUCAAAACAUCCUCUUUUCAGUAUGUUUCCCAUGGCUGCUCUGAAGCCGCACUGUUUUCGCGUGUUUGCUUUGUCGUUCAUUUUCUUCCCUUUGUUACUACUGGCACAAAAUGUUUUUACUGUACGUAAAAUGCUCAUGAUAAUGUUGUCAGUCUGGUGUGUGCAUGGAGAGAAAAAACUAAACACAAGAGAUAAAAAAAACUAUUAAAUGUCUGCAAGUGUUAUGCAGGAGGGGAAGGGGGGGGCGACUGGUGAUGAUGACAGCUUAGAUUUUUACACUUGACAGUGAGAUUAGCGUGCAGCGUUGUUUUCCUUGUUCCACCACUGGCAAACGUCCAGGCCAGUCGUCUUUGUAUAGAUGUAUAUUAGGCCUCCCAGGAGGUUGACCAAUAAAUAAAAUUUAUGUCACUUUGAAAUAUCACAAGGGUUCAACAUCACUGUAAAACAAAACUACAAAAAAGUAAAGAGUUUGGGAGUGCAUUCCCUCACCCCAGCACGUUUUUAUCCAACCCUUAGUUUACAUUCUUUUUAAAUUUAAACACAAGCACAAGAGCUUGAUUUUUUUACAACAAAAAGUUUAACUUUUUGAAAAAAACAUGUAGUUAAAAAAAAGAAAAAAAGCAACAACCCCGUCACUGGUUCCAUUCAUUUCUUUGUCUAGUUGUUCGGAAACAGACAAACAGAAGAAGAAGAAUCGCUCACAGUUUCCCUUGUGCAUCUCUGUGAAUGUGAAAGUAACCAAUCAGACUGAUCCGUCGGGACACCAACACCAAUUCUCAUCCUCCGUUCGGCCUGCAGACUCCUCCCACCAGGAAAAAGGCGGGGCCAGCAUGACUUUGGAACCAGUUCCAAGCUGCAUGCACAUUUUUUGUAAAACAAAACCGAUACAGAAAAAAAAGAUACAGAACUAGAUACGUGUGUUAGUUCCACAUACUGUAGGGCCAAUUGUAUGUUGCAUGCAGUUGUACAGUUUGCUCGUACUUGAAUAUUAAAGAGAUAAAACCAAGAAACCGAAGCCAUUCCCAUUACGCAAAGACAUUUGAACUCAACUGCAGUCAUCCCUCAGUCCGGUGCUGAAUGUCUCUCAAACUAAAUCCCAAGAUUACGUUGAUGUCUUUCCUCGACCCUCUGGAAGAUGUACAGUAGUACUGAGCACACCUCACAGCCCCUCUUACUCUCACGCCACAUCAUAGUAUACCUCCAAGGGGCUGGGAUGAAUAAAUAUGUACAAAUCAGAUCCACUUCUAUGGAAAUAUGAAUUAUGUUUAACAUAAUGAUUUCAGAUAUGCCAACACAUGAACUGUUAACGUUAUAUAAAGAAUAAAUGCAGAUGCACAGAGAGUCAUACACUGUAAAUACUCAGCCAUUCACUGGGUUUUCUUUGGGUUCAGUGAUAUUUGCAAAGGGGCCAAGUCUUAUAAUGAGGAGCGAUUAAUACGUCAUUAGGGACCACGCAGCGGGACAACGCAAGACCAUGGACUUGGGUCACAAAGUGGCCGAGCUUAAACUACAGGUGUACCACUGCUCUGAAAGUCUUCGUCUGAACACGUCUUUGUGCUUCACACCCAACGUCUGAACCCCGGCCACGUUCAGUCCCACUUCAGAACAGUUGACUUUUCUUUUCAUCGUCCGGUGAAGCUGGUUUUCCUUUCUUUUUUUUCUUUGUCAGUAUUAACAGGAAAAAAAAUUGCUGAUUGUUUACAACUUCUGUGUUCCACUGAAACAAAAAGAAAAUUAGAAAAAAAGUAAAGCAUUCACUGCAACAUUACUUGUUUGUAUAACAGAUGUGGCUCAAAUGAUGUGUAUGUUUUAUAUUUAAAAAAAAAGUUCAUUUUUAUUAUUUACAAAUAAAAAGAAUGUGUGGAAGA